CAGAUUUGUAAAAAAAAAUGUAAACAAACAACUGGGAAAUCAAUUGUGUUCGUGACAUUUAAUGCUAAGGCGAAGACAACUUUGAUUGGGAAAGGUUGUAGCUUGAUAGCUACGUUUGUCAUUUUACUUUAAUUGUUUAUGCAAAACAUAAAUGGCCAGUCUGAUAGUCGGAUGUAGUUGUCAAGGUAGCCCAAGGAAAUUGCGUCAGUUUUUCCUCGACAUACUGAUUAAGGUUGGUUGGUUGUAUGGAUCAUUAAUUAGCUAGCUAUACGAGCAUAAUAUAAGUGUCUGUUUAUGGCAAAACUUGAGUUGAUUAGCUGCUCAACUGCAUCGACGCUCGGUCGACGGUUGCUAGCGCGGAGGUGGAUCCGCCUGUCAUUGUCGUGAGUGCGGUGUGUGAUGCUGCACUUCAGCGCCAGGCUGUGCUGUGUUGUUAGGCCGCUAGCGAGUUUGUGUUGAUUUUGCACUGACAGUGCUAAAUGUGUAAAGUGUAUAGUCAUUGCAAAUUGUGUAGCAGUAACUAGUAUCCCUCUAGCGUUAUGCCAAAGUUUGGAUGGAAACGUUAUUACUGUUAUGGUCUUGCUCUCGACAAGACUGGCUAUGCAGUUAGCUAGCUACUGUAACUAGCUUAGCCUAUCUAGCACGACGUUUGCAGGCUAACUAGCAAGCUAAGUGUUGUUAACAUCACUAGCAGCAGUUGGUCUACAACAACUUAUGCAGCUUAGCUAGCUAAGUUGCUGAUAUCACUUGCUAUAUCAAUUUACGCAAUAUGAUAAACGGUUAACCAAAGCCAGGCAGUUGACAGGUAAGCUAGUGUGACGGGCAUCGGGUGUUGACUGCUGAUUGUAGCCCAAAGGCCGGUAGAUGGCGCUUUCGAAACGACUCAAUAUCGCCAUCUGCCGGCCUUUGGGUUAUGCUGAUUGUAGUGACUGUCGAAACUGUUCUGACUUGACACUGACAGUUUACGUGGUCUACUACUAGACCUCUACGUAUCUCAAGUAGGUUUGGAUUAGUUAGCUAGUAAAUAGUCUGUAGAUUUUCCACUGCUAUUUUCAGGUUGUCUGACUGCAUUUCAUCUCCCUAGGCCCCAAUCUAAUAGCCUACAGUGAAGGCUCAGGCUGUCGUAAUGUCGGAGCCCAAGGCACCCACCCCGACUCCGGCUGGAGACACAUACAAAGGAUGGCUAUUCAAAUGGACGAAUUACAUCAAGGGCUACCAGCGACGAUGGUUCGUCUUGAGCAACGGUUUACUAUCUUACUACAGGUAAGAAUGGGGCGAGAUGGGGUGACAUGACAUAGUACCUCUUUGCAUCCUCUGUAACAGAUAAGACUAACAGUUACCAGAAAAAUUUCCAGCAGUUCUGUUAACAACAGUAAGGGCAGGUGGGAGCGAAGGACACUGUGCUAGCUAGCUUGUUAGCUAGGAGGACUCUGGUACACAGCAGGCGGGGGCAACACCUGUAGCUAGGUCCUAGGAUACCGGUAGACAGUGUCCUUAGCCCCUGAAAAACUCUGAUAAUACUUUUAUUUCCCCUUUGACCCACAUUUUAAUCGCCUAGACAAUCAAGGGAAAUCCCAAAAUAUCAAAAGUGUCACACAAGCAUGAAGAUGGUGUGCUUGAGGGGGGGGCGUUCCUACAGAUGCCGGAAUGCCACCAUGCAGGAACGCCCUGAAUUGCGGGCUGCAAUCACACGCUAUUGGAAAAAUCUAGAAGAAUGCCAUUGUUAUCCAGGGAUAUGGCUACGGUCAUUUUGUCACUGUCAAUAUAUAAACGGUUACAUUAUAGCUGUGAUUUGCUCUGUGUUGCGUUGACAUUUCCCCUGCACUACAAGGUGAAUACAACUUGCUCUCCUUUAUCAUGAGUUUUGACUAUGGCGCACAGUAUCAUAAAGAAAUUGAAGCUAGAGGUCAUCAUGGAUUCCCUGUGUAACUCUUUGCGAUUUAAUGGUGUCACAAUAUUGCAUGACUCAUCUCCGUUUUGCUUGCCACAGAGGUGUGUCUGAAUACUUAGUGUGUUUUCAGCUCUGUGGGGGGAGUCAUCAUGUCUUCACAGGGCUGUGUAAUAUGACUCGUGUUUGUUUAAUGAGUUUUGGAGACAGACGUAGCUGUGUACCAUUCACCUCCCACUCCAAGCACGCUGUGUGUGUGUUGUGUGAACAGUACUGUUUGCCUAACAAUUUAGAGUCUGGUGAUAAGCACAUCCAACAAUUCACACACUUUUCAUGUUCCUAUCUCUGAGUCUUUUUCCAAUGAGGUUGUUUUCUCUCGAGUAACUUGCCAAGAGUGCAUUUAGCAAGACAUUUGCUCAAAGGUUUUUGCAAUCAUGCAAAAUUGCCAAACCAGAAAUGGUGCAAUGAAAUGUUUUUCCAACACUAGGCUAGAUUGCGCCUGAGAUAACAUAGCUGUAUUGGACAGAUUCCUUUGUUCCAUAUGAACAAAUUAGUUAGGUAACAAUAGCCAAUAGUCCACACUGAACCAUCAGUCAGCUGGUUUCUAUUGCCACGCUUCCCUGUAGUCUGAGUAUUGGGUCCCCCCCUCCUCUUUGCUGGUGUAAUCUUAAUGGUUCCUGGUUAAACUGGCUGUAAUCAGAUACCUUUACUUAAUGGAAUGUCAAAGAAAACAUUAAUGUGGAACAGAGAGCAUUGUUGUCCAAAAUUAGGUUACUCAAUUUUGCUCGAACUAGCCUAAGGCUGCCUCAGUCUGAACAUAUUCCCUAGUCUCUAUCCCUAUUUCUGGUGUUUGCAGAAGAAAAGAAACCGGGUAGGUGAAAUUGUCUUCCAGUAGGCUUAGAGAAGCUUCUGCCAUAUUGCUUCCUAUAUGGUUCCUUGAUGAGCAAACACUGAAGGGGACCAGGUUAGGGGUCUAGGGGAUGUUUUUGGACCAGCCGUACAAGCAAGAGUUGACUGGAUAAGGAGCUGGUUCAGGAGUUGACUGGUAACGGAAUUGACUGGUUACAGAGUUGACUUUUUCAGGAGUUGACACUAGUUAAACCCACCCCUCUCUCUCUCUGUUUCUCCCCAGGACCCAGGCGGAGAUGGGCCACACGUGCCGGGGCACCAUCAACCUGGCCACAGCCAACAUCGCGGUGGAGGACUCGUGCAACUUUGUCAUCUCCAACGGCGGGGCGCAGACCUACCACCUGAAGGCCAGCUCUGAGGUGGAGCGGCAGCGCUGGAUCACCGCCCUAGAGCUGGCCAAGGCCAAGGCGGUCCGCAAUCAGGCUGAGUCUGGUGAGGGAAGGAGAGGAGGAGGAAGGGAUUUGUCUGUGAUGGGUACAGAGAGAGGGUACGGGAAGGAGGGUUGAGGGGGGGCUGUCUGAGUGGAGUGUAUACUGUAUGUGUUUCUUCAUGUUCCUUUGAGAAAGAGGAGGUUAUUUUACAGUUUACUGUAUAACCCCCAGUAAAAGUGAUGGGGUGGGGCUAUCAUUCUGAUAGAAUGUAAAAAAAUAAAUAAUGUUUUGUCAUCUUUCAGCCAAUCAACAUUCAGGUCUCGACCCACCCAGUGUGUGUGUGUGUAUGUAUGUAUGUAUAUAUAUAUAUAUACUACCGGUCAAAAGUUUUAGAACACCUACUCAUUCAAGGGUUUUUCUUUAUUUGUACUAUUUUCUACAUUCUACACUUUUUUGGUUACUACAUGAUUCCAUAUGUGUUAUUUCAUAGUUUUGAUGUCUUCACUAUUAUUCUACAAUGUAGAAAAUAGUAAAAAUUAAGUAAAACCCUUGAAUGAGUAGGUGUGUCCAAACUUGUAACUGGUACUAUCUGUGUGUGUGUGUGUGUGUGUUCAACCCUUUCCUUUCUCUCUUCUCCAGACGACUCUGGUGAUGAGUGUCCCACGUCACCCCCUACCUCGGGACAGGCCGGAGGGGCACGUAACUCUAACUCAGAGGUCCAGUCCACACUACGCACGCUGGGCAGCAAGGUGGAAGACCUGAGCACCUGCAAUGACCUCAUUGCCAAGCACGGCUCCGCCCUCCAAAGGUCAGGGGUCAACCCAUCACUCUCACACAAACCUUACAAUAAACAACUGGUUGAAUCCCCAUGUAUAGACAACGAUAGUAAUGGAAGAUAACUUUGACCACACACAUAGAACACAUCAAUGGAUGCAAAAAGCUAUUGCUCUGUUCUAUCCUUACAAGCACAUAGUAACUGGUUGGCCAGAUAAGGGCUAAGAUUUUGUUAUGGACCAGAUAUUUGUCUUGGUUGCAGAGUAGUCUUGAGUGAAUAAACAAAUGAGAUGUACUACAUACGAAAGGGAUGCGCUGAGGGGAUGGGUUGAAGGGACUGGCUUACGCUCCUUGGCUGUGCCUCUGUCCUAGGUCCCUGUCAGAGCUGGAGGGGGUGCGGCUGGGAGGCGACACGGAUGGCAAGAUCCGGCAGGUGACGGAGAGAGCCACGUUGUUCCGCAUCACCUCCAACGCUAUGAUCAACGUACGUGUUGAUGUUAUAGUUUUUAUAGUAUGCAAAGGCUAAACUGGUUUACAAAGCAUUGUACAUAGAAUACAGUGUAGGUCUAAUAAUAAAGUAAAGACAGCUGUACCUUGACUGUUACACAAACAUUUACAAGGCUUUGUGGUGUUGUAUGAAUGUUCUUAAAGCGUUUCUGUGACGUUUCCCUGACAUUCCUCUAACGUUCCUCCCCCCAGGCGUGCAGAGACUUCCUGGCCCUGGCCCAGGCCCACAGUAAGCGGUGGCAGAAAGCCUUGCAUUCGGAGCGGGACCAGAGGAUAAGGCUGGAGGAAACAUUGGAGCAGCUAGCUAAGCAACACAACCACCUGGAGAGGGCCUUCAGAGGGGCCACCGUACUGCCCCCUUCCCAGAGCAACCCCACCCUGGACAGCAAGAGUAAGGCAUCACCUCAGACCCCGAACAAACUGUUACAUUAACUCUGUGACCCCUUACCUUUAACCCCUAACUCCCAAACUGACUGUUAGCAUGCUAGUUAAGUCAACCAGUGAAUCUACAACCCCACUCUCGUUCAUAAUAUUUAGUUUUCUUCCUCUCUCUCAGGUUCGGGCUCAGUAAAGGGCGACGCGAGCGACGAGGAUGAUGAGAACGAGUUCUUUGACGCUAUGGAGGACCCAGCGUUCAUCACUGUACCGGCCGACCCCAAGUAUCAUAGGUCAGCACACCUUUACCUCUUUCUUUUUACUCUCUAUCUGUCUUGCCCUGUUUCUCGCUCUCUUCCUUCUCUCUCUCUCAACCUCUUUUUAUCAAUACAAAUGGCAUGGUAUUUUAUGAGUGAUAAACUGAGCUUUUAAAAGGCAAAACUGUAAUUGGGUCAAAUGCAAUUCUUUCUUUCUCUCUAUAUAUCUCUGUUUCUUUCUCUUCCACUCAGAAGGUCAGGAAGUAACGUCAGUGGUCUCAGCACUGAGACUGGAAUCGAUGACCAGUCGGUGAGUCUGUCACUGUGUUUUGAAGUUAAAUAUUUUUUUAGUUACUUGCUUUACUUGUCCCUUGAAAUAAAAAAAUUGUUUUGUUUGUUCUGCCUUCUUCUUUGGCCGCCCACAGCUUUGUGACGAGCAGUCGUUGGGGUCCAAUUCGGAGUCGCCCCAGUCCCUGGAGGUGGAGCCAGUGAGGAAGAGGCGGACCAAAAUCCCAGACAAGCCCAACUAUUCGCUGAACCUCUGGAGCAUCAUGAAGAACUGCAUCGGCAAGGAGCUCUCCAAGAUCCCCAUGCCUGUAAGAAACACGUGUGGUUGUGUGUGACUGUAGACUAUUGCAGCACACCCUAACCGUUGCUUUCAGCUCUGCAUUGUAUUGAACGAGUGCAGAAGGCAGGGAACGACUUUCUGGAGUGAAAUGCAUCUACAGGUAACUGCCAUGGAAAUACUUGAUUAAAUGAGGGAUACAAAGUAUAUUGAAAGCAGGUGCUUCCACACAGGAUGGUUCCUGAGUAUAUUAAGCAAUUAACAUCCCAUCAUGCUUAGGGUCAUGUAUAAAAAUGCCCAGUUGCCUAACUAUUUUGGCUACCAUGGCUAGAAGAAGAGAUCUGUGAUGUUGAAAGAGGGGUCUUAAAGGAGCAUAGGGGGUUUAAAGGGUGUGUGUGUGUGUGUGUGUGUGUGUGUGUGUGUGUGUCUCAGUCACAAGAUCUCAACCCAAUUGAACAUUUAUGGCAAAUUCUGGAGCGGUGCCUGAGACAGCGUUUUCCACCGCCAUCAACAAAACACCAAAUGAUGGAAUUUCUCGUGGAACAAUGGUGUUGGCUAUGAGGGGUGGCCAGUCCUCUUCUGGCUGUGCCGGGUGGAGAUUAUAACAGAACCAUGCCAAGAUGUUCAAAAAUGUUCAUAAGUGACAAGCAUGGUCAAAUAAUAAUCAGGAAUAAAUCUCAGUUGGCUUUUCAUAGCCGAUCAUUAAGAGUUGAAAACAGCAGGUCUGGGACAGGUAGGGGUUCCAUAACCGCAGGCAGAACAGUUGAAACUGGAAUAGCAGCAAGGCCAGGCGGACUGGGGACAGCAAGGAGUCACCACGGCCGGUAGUCCCGACGUAUGGUCCUAGGGCUCAGGUCUCUCAGUUGGCUUUUCAUAGCCGAUCAUUAAGAGUUGAAAACAGCAGGUCUGGGACAGGUAGGGGUUUCGUAGCCGCAGGCAGAACAGUUGAAACUGGAAUAGCAGCAAGGCCAGGCGGACUGGGGACAGCAAGGUGUCAUCAUGCCCGGUAGUCCUGACGUAUGGUCCUAGGGCUCAGGUUCUCAGAGAGAAAGAGACCCUCCAAUAGAGUUCCAGACACUUGUAGAAUCAAUCCCAAGGCGCAUUGACACUUUAUGUCAGUGUUCCUUUAUUUUGGCAGUUACCUGUAUUUUGCCCCUUCCAUUCAAAGUUUCCUUUCUUCCUCUCCCCCUUUUCUCCCCUUCUCAGGUGAACUUCAACGAACCAAUCUCCAUGCUCCAGCGUCUGUCCGAGGACUUAGAAUACUACGAGCUCCUAGAUAAGGCAGCUAAAUGCCAGAGCUCUCUGGAGCAGCUGUGCUACGUGGCUGCCUUCACCGUAUCGUCCUACUCUACUACGGUCCACCGCACAGGGAAACCCUUCAACCCCCUACUGGGGGAGACCUACGAACUGGACCGGCUGAGGGAGAGCGGCUACCGCUCACUGUGCGAACAGGUAAAGGAGGGAGGGGGGGACACGGGAUGACUGGUAGGAAAGAGAGGGAGGGUGGGCAAUGGGGAAUGACUGGUUGGGAAAGAGAGGAAUUGGAAAAACAGAAGGGGGGGAGAGGGGCUACAGGUUCAAAUGGGUGAGGGGCUAAGAGAGGGAGGGGGCAGAGAGAGAGUAGGAGAGAAGAAGCUUUGCAUCUACAGUGCUCCUUUACUGUCGAUGAUGUACAGAAAUGGCUAUAUGUUUUUAAAACCAAUACACAUUCAAUAAACCACGAAUUGACAUCACAACAAUUUGAUCAUAUCAAUCCGGUUUAUUACAAGUUGCAACAAGGAGACCCCUCCCAGAACAAAAGCAGAGCAGGCCCUUAAAUAUUAAUCACACAGCAUCAAAUGUUCUGUAAACACCAGCCCGAGAGGCUUGCAGGAAGUCGCAGCAUUAGCUGCGAAAGUGUCACAGAUCCAUUAUCACUGUCCUCGAAUCCAGUCUGGCGUCAAACAUUAACCAUAACAUUCAACACUGGCAGACAUUUGAUACUGGCAGUUAAACAGGUCAAAGGUAAGAACAUCAGUACUUGGUUACAACAGAUAAUUAUAUACUACUUAUUUAAAUAUAUUACUUAAACAUACAUGGUUAACUCCUGUUUCCCUUCCCCAAGGGAAUGCAUCUGUCUGCGUCUCCCCGCACAUACAGUAAUGUUUAUUACAUAUCAAUCCAUAUCAACAGUAAAUCAAAUACAGGAAAAUAAUUACUCAUUUACAAUUCCCACAGUACAUUUACAGAGAGGGCAUCUAUGGGUACAAACAGCCAGUUAGUCAGAGAACUGUCAAGAGUCACAGCGUUGUCAAUAACCUGUGGUGCUGAAACGUCCUGUUCUGCUGUAGCAUAUUCCAAUAGUCCGCCACAUAAUACCCAUAAAAACACGGAAAUGGUUCCAGUGGUCUUUCCGCCAUUCAUUUUUCACAUCGGGAAUUUUACAAAAAAAUCGAAUGAAUUGUGUGUUUGGUGUAUGCUUACCUUGGCGUGAUGUUUUGAUAGCCGUGAGUUUUAUCAAUAUAUUUGCCUCAAUUGCCUCAAUAAAAUGUGCUAUGCUAAUUAUUCAUAAAGUUACCUUGUCCGAGAGAGAUUUGCACGGUUAUCAAAACGUCACGCCAGGGUAAGCCUACACGAAACCCAGACCUUAUAUGAAGUAGUUCUAAAAUCCCAGAUGGAAAAAUGAAUGGUGAAAAAACGAUUGGAACCAUUUCUGGGUUUUAUGACUCAUGCUGUGGUACUCCAUUCCCUGGGGGAAUUACUGAGAGGAAAACACCUUCUAGUGGCAGCUGUGGGAAACAACUGCACUCUACUCCCACAUUCACACUCUUAUGAAACUAAUUUACAUAAAUUGUUUAAAUAUGUUGUUUUAGCCCAGCACAGCCACAUCUGACUCAAGUAAUCGGCUAAUCAUCAAGCCAUUGAUUAGUCGAAUCAGGUGUUUUAGUGCACAGUUAGAAAGAAAAAUGGUACCUUGUGGGUCCCCAGGACUGCAGUUGCGAAACACUGUGCUAAGUGACUCAAUUGUAAUAUAGCCCUACCCAAUCCUCCUCUAUCCCUUCCUCCAGGUGAGUCACCACCCGCCUGCAGCGGCUCAUCAUGCCAUCUCAGAGAGAGGCUGGACCCUCCGACAGGAGAUCUCCCUCGCCAGCAAGUUCAGGGGAAAAUACCUCUCCAUCAUGCCUCUGGGUAAGGCAGUGUGUGAGGACUGGUAGCUGCCAGCGAAUGUCUCCAUCAUACUCUUUUUAUUUUUUGUUUAGUUGGCAUUUUACAUCUUUGCUGUGGUGUAAUCAUCUUCCACAGGUUCUAUCCAAUGUAUGUUUGAGAAGAGCAACAAUCACUACUCGUGGAAGAAAGUCACUACAACAGUACACAACAUCAUUGUGGGCAAAUUGUGGAUCGACCAGGUAAGAAAAAUGUCACACUCAAUCUUUGGCAUAGACUCAUCCAGAUCCUACAAUGGGCGUUAGGAGAUUUUAGACCAAUUCCAAGUAUAAAAAAAACAUUCAAGAUUUAUUUUGGUGAACUACACAUUCCAUUCUCUCUCUGGUUUUCUCAGUCGGGAGAGAUAGACGUGGUGAACCACCAGACCGGCGACCGCUGCCAUCUCAAAUUCGCGCCCUACAGCUACUUCUCCAGAGACGUGGCCAGGAAGGUGACUGGCGUGGUGACAGACAAGGAGGGUAAGGCCCACUAUGUGCUGUCAGGGACGUGGGAUGAGAAGAUGGAGUUCUCCAGGGUGAUGCAGAGCAAUAAGGGAGAGAACGGCGCCGAGGGCAAACAGAAGACCGUCUACCAGACGCUCAAAGCCAAGGAGCUCUGGAAAAAGAACCCACUACCGUGAGUAGAGUGUGGGGGUGGGUGAGGUUGUGUGGGUGUGUUUUUGCUGAAGAGGUGCAGCAAACGAAAAAUACAUUUGGUGUGUCAAAGAACAUGGCUUUUUCAAUCAUCUCACCUUUGGUCUUUCUCUCUCUUUCCUAUCUGUCCCUUCCACUUCCUCCUCCUCUCUCUCUCUCUCUCUCUCUCUCUCCUCAUUUCCCUCUUUAUUUCCCAUCCUCUCUCUUCCUCCCAUCUGCAGUGAGGGAGCGGAGACCAUGUACUACUUCUCGUCGCUGGCGCUGACGCUCAACGAGCCCGAGGAGGGCGUGGCGCCCACCGACAGCCGGCGGCGGCCCGACCAGCAGCUGAUGGAGGCGGGCCGGUGGGACGAGGCCAACGCCGAGAAGCAACGGCUGGAGGAGAAGCAGAGGGGCGUCCGCCGCGAGAGGGAGAGAGAGGCCCAGCGCGCAGCCAACCUGCCCGAGGAGGGGGCAGAGGGGGUGGAGGUAGCAGAGGACGGUAAGAAAGAGGGGGGGGCGAGGGAAGGAGGUGCAAGAAGGGCUACGUCCCAAUUAUCUCUCCUUCCUUAGUGUUCACUUGUUGACUUUCCUAUACUUAUUUGAAAGGAAAUGACUGGUAUAAGAAACAUGGUGGAGAUGCCCACUAACCAAUGCCUCACCAAUCCAAUGUGUGAAGUAGUAAACAAGUGCAGGAUAUUAUUGGGACGUGCCCAAGAUGGGAGCAAGAUUCAUUUCUUGUGCUUGUGAGUAAGCAAGUACUCCCCAUUAACUUGAAUGAGGAGUCUGUGCUCUUUGGCUUCUAUUGUAGCUAGAGAGAGGGAAAUGAGAUGGAGGCAGGUUUGAGGGAAGAAAAAGUGAGUGUCGUCCUAGAGCUGUCUGUGUUCAUAUUCUGUCUACCAGUCUGUCCCUUUCUCCUCUUGUACAGUUGAAAUCGGAAGUUUACAUACACCUUAGCCAAAUACAUUUAAACUCAGUUUUUCACGAUUCCUGACAUUUAAUCCUAGUAGAAAUUCCCUGUCUUAGGUCAGUUAGGAUCACCACUUUAUUUUAAGAAUGUGAAAUGUCAGAAUAAUAAGAGAGAAUGAUUUAUUGCAGCUUUUAUUUCUUUCAUCACAUUCCCAGUGGGUCAGAAGUUUACAUACACUCAAUUAGUAUUUGGUAGCUUUGCCUUUAAAUUGUUUAACUUGGGUCAAACGUUUCGGGUAGCCUUCCACAAGCUUCCCACAAUAAGUUUGGUGAAUUUUGGCCAGUUCCUCCUGACAGAGCUGGUGUAACUGAGUCAGGUUUGUAAUCCUCCUUGCUCGCACACGCUUUUUCAGUUCUGCCCACAAAUGUUCUAUAGGAUUGAGGUCAGGGCUUUGUGAUGGCCACUCCAAUACCUUGACUUUGUUGUCCUUAAUCAAUUUUGCCACAACUUUGGAAGUAUGCUUGGGGUCAUUGUCCAUUUGGAAGACCCAUUUGCGACCAAGCUUUAACUUCCUGACUGAUGUCUUGAAAUGUUGCUUCAAUAUAUCCACAUAAUUUUCCUUCCUCAUGAUGCCAUCUAUUUUGUGAAGUGCACCAGUCCCUCCUGCAGCAAAGCACCCCCAUAGAAUGAUGCUGCCACCCCCGUGCUUCACGGUUGGGAUGGUGUUCUUUGGCUUGCAAGCCACCCCCCUUUUCCUCCAAACAUAACGAUGGUCAUUAUGGCCAAACAGUUCUAUUUUUGUUUCAUCAGACCAGAGGAAAUUUCUCCAAAAAGUACGAUCUUUGUCCCCAUGUGCAGUUGCAAACCAUAGUCUGGCUUUUUUAUGGCGGUUUUGGAGCAGUGACUUCUUCCUUGCUGAGCGGCCUUUCAGGUUAUGUCGAUAUAGGACUCGUUUUACUAUGGAUAUAGAUACUUUUGUACCUGUUUCCUCCAGCAUCUUCACAAGGUCCCUUUGCUGCUGUUCUGGGAUUGAUUGCACUUUUCGCACCAAAGUAUGUUAAUCUCUAGGAGACAACGCGUCUCCUUCCUGAGCGGUAUGACGGCUGCGUGGUCCCAUGGUGUUUAUACUUGCGUACUAUUGUUUGUACAGAUGAACGUGGUACCUUCAGGCGUUUGGAAAUUGCUCCCAAGGAUGAACCAGACUUGUGGAGGUCUACAAUUUUUUUUCUGAGGUCUUGGCUGAUUUUGUUUGGAUUUUCCCAUGAGGCACUGAGUUUGAAGGUAGGCCUUGAAAUACAUUCACAGGUACACCUCCAAUUGACGUCAAUUAGCCUAUCAGAAGAUUCUAAAGCCAUGACAUCAUUUUCUGGAAUUUUCCAAGCUGUUUAAAGGCACAGUCAACUUAGUGUAUGUAAAUUUCUGACCCACUGGAAAUGUGAUACAGUGAAAUAAUCUGUCUGUAAACAAUUGUUGGAAAAAGUACUUGUGUUAUGCACAGAGUUAGAUGUCCUAACCGACUUGCCAAAACUAUAGUUUGUUAACAAGAAAUGUGUGGAGUGGUUGAAAAACGUUUUAAUGACUCCAACCUAAGUGUAUGUAAACUUCUGACUUCAACUGUAUAUGUCUGUCUGUCUGUCUUUCACACGUUUGUCUGUCUCUCUGUCCCCCAAGCUGUCAUUGAGGACUCUUUCAUCACUGACUCGCCUUUGAAAAGCAAGUACUCCUCUCUUCCUCGUCUUUUCUCCCUAUUGUCUCACUCUACCUUUACUCUCUCUCUCACACAAACGAUCCAAUCCACUUUUCACAAGGUAGGUGUAUUUAAUACCUCUGACUAUCCAUCACCUCAUCUCAUAAUUUCCCGCUUUCUUUGUUCAUCCAUCCUUGGUUUGUGCUGUGUUCAGCCGAUGCAGUGGAGAUUGGUACGGAAGCGAGCCAUGCUUCAGAUGAAAGCAAGUACCACUAACUCCCCCCUUUCCUCUGUCCAUCUUCCUCGCUUUCUCCACCCUUUCGCUCUCUUAUUCCCUCCCUUUCUGACACUUGAUCCGUCUAUCACUUUCCGUUUAGAUUGUGUGUGUGUGUGUGUGUGUGUGUGUAUAUAGACAAAGGUAGUUAGACAAAUACUAGCUAGCUAGCUUUCUUGUGAUGCAAAUAUGCUAGUCAAUCAAAACCAGGGUCGUAUUCAUUAGUGCACACUGUAGCAAAAUGUUUAGCAACAAAAACAAGAGUUUCUUAUUGGACAAGUUCAGGAAGUCCCCUCCCUGUUUCGGGACGUUUUUCUACCUACGCUGUCUAUUGAAUACAACCCAGAUUUCCAGGCUAUGCCUAGAAACGACUUGUUCUUGUGCUGUGAAAUGCACAUUUGAAUUCUAAUACUCAAUAGAGGAAUGUUUAAAGUAUGUUUUGAAAACUAUUUUUGAUAUGCAGCAAUGUCCAGUGGUGGCAAACAGCUCAGUAGCGUAGUAAAAGUAGGCUAGCUUUAAUUUUGCACAUCACACCAGUAAGUAUCAUCGUAUAUUAAAUACAUUUAUUUGGUUAGGUUGUAGGUUCUUUUUUUAUGGACAGUCUUCUUUCCCCUCUUCUUUUCAUCAUUUUAUUCCUUUCUUGUCAAUUUUUCAUGUUCCUCUCUCCCCCUUCAGCGGACCCAGAUGAUUCUCCACCUCACACUCCAAGCAAGUAGCCCUCUACUCUCUUCCUCUCUAUACCACUGUCUAUUUCUAUCCACACACUCACAUACUCAUCUGUCAGUCUUCCCUUUUGCAGCCCCACGUGGUCCGCCCCUCUCAGAGUAUCAAAGCAAGUAUUAAUAGUUUGGGACACACACACAUGAUUUCAUUCUCACACCUAUUUAGAUGCAUUUUCCACAUCAACCAUCAUAUCUUUACAUCUUGUUCCCCCCCCCCCCAGUGGAUGACAUGGAAGGUCAUUAUGGAGCUGCGGUCAAAAGCAAGUAACGCCAGUGUUGUUCUUUCUCUCAGUCUCCUCCUCUGUUGUUAUUUGUCUGUAGUUUGUGUCUCCUUCCUAUUAGAAGCUCUAGUAGUUGCAGUAUCACUUGUUUGAGAAAUACUAGUUCCCAAAGUCUCACGGCGUUCGUAUGUGUGAAAUCUUGUAGCACUAGAAAUGAACUCUGGGAACUAUUGUAGCUAGACACCACCAUACUGCAGCAAUGUUGUCCUUGUCACCGUAUUGUUCUAAUGUUCCGGUUCUCCAGGAUCAUACCAAAGAGGGAUGAGCCAAUACUGUCAUAAUCAUUGCUCAAGCAGUGACAGAAAACCCCUGAUCUCAUCCUUCUUUUAUAUGGUCUUGAUGCAGAAGUUCCUUUCCCAAAGCUUCCAUGGCUGGUCCUCAACAUCUAUUCUUUCAAUAGAUUAACUCAUUCUUUUUCUUGUUAUUUCCGUCAGGCGUCCACCAGGACAACUAUGAGGCGAUGUGGUUCGAGCGGACCGAGGACGCCGUCACGGGAGAGUCCAUGCACGUCUACAAGGGGGGCUACUGGGAGGCGAAGGACCUCGGCAACUGGGACAUGUGCCCCGAUAUAUAUUGAUCCCCCCCCCAUCAGCAAAUUGUACUAACCCAGGCAUUUGGAACAUGGAAGGCCAAGCCACCCUUUUUCCCCAAUUGAAGAAGGGGCAAACUGGGUAUCGACACUGUUUAACCCCAACCCUCCCUCUUUCAGGAUAGAUUUUGGGUUGUAAUGGUACCUCUCCCCUAUCACUCUCUGUGAGGAUGGUGUGCAUAGGGGCUGUGAGACCCUGCAGGACAGUAGGAAAGUGCAACCGGACAGGGGGACAGACCUGCUUUCUUCUGCCUUCAUCUUCCGUGUAGGGUCAAGUUGCCCCUAGAUGCUGAUCUGGGAUCAGUUUUGC